AUGUUUAAUUUAAUAUUUUCACCUAAAAAAUCAUUAUUUAUAUAUAAUGGUAUUAAGCGAACAUUUCAGCAAACAAAAUGUUUAAAAGAAGAAACAAAAAAGACUGUACGUGUCCGUUUUGCACCUAGUCCAACAGGAUAUCUUCAUCUUGGGAGUUUAAGAACAGCACUGUUUAAUUAUUUAUUUGCAAAAAAAAAUGAUGGUCAAUUCAUUUUGAGAAUUGAAGAUACUGAUAAAACACGUUCUUUUCCAAAAGCUACAGAAAGUUUAAUAUCUGUAUUGUCUUGGACAGGUUUAAAUUAUGAUGAGGGACCUGGAAAAAAUUCCAUCUUCGGGCCAUUUAUUCAAUCUGAACGUACUGAAAUUUAUAGGGAUUAUGCAAAUAAAUUAUUAAAAGAUGACAAAGCUUAUAGAUGUUUUUGUACAUCUGAAAGACUUCACAGUCUUAGUGAAGCUUCACAAAAAGCCGGUAGAGGUAUACCGGAAGGCAUUACAAUUGUAAAAGAUUUAGUUUAUGGAAAAAUUGAAUUUGACGAUAAACAUAUUGAUGAUGUUAUCUUGAUGAAGGGUGAUGGAUAUCCUACUUAUCAUUUUGCAAAUGUUGUUGAUGACCAUUUGAUGAAAAUUACUCAUGUUUUAAGAGGAGAGGCAUUUGGAUGGGAAAUGCCAUAUUUUGUACAUUUACCACUAUUGCUCAAUGUUAAUAAAUCUAAACUAUCAAAAAGAUCAAAGGAUGCAAAGGUUGAAGAUUAUCAACAAGGUUACUUACCUGAAGCGUUAAUAAAUUUUGUAGCAUUUUUGGGUUGGAAUCCAUCAUGUGAUAAUAAAGAAGUAUAUACAUUGAAAGAAUUAAUAUCAAGUGUUAAUAAUAUAGGACGUUCAGGAGCCAUAGUAACCAGAGAGAAACUUGAUUGGUUUAAUAAACAACAUUUACUUAUCAAAACAGAAUCUAAUGAUGGAUUGAAUGAACUUGUUUCAAUGUUAAAAAAAUUAGUAGAUGAGAAAUUUGGAAAACAAUUAAAAGCUAGUAAUGAAAAAUAUAGACUUGAGGACGAGUAUCUUUCUAAUGAUAGAAUACAUAACAUAAAAGAAAUAUCAAGUUUGUGUGAUUAUUUUUUUAUCAUACCAGAUUAUUCCUCUUCGGAAUCUAUAAAUAUUAGAGCAAAGUUACCAGAAGAGAACUUGAAAUCAGUGAUAAAAAUUGCAUUGGAUGAAUUCACAUACCUUAAAGAGACUGAUUUUCAGAUAGAAAAUAUUAAAUCUAUAAUUAAAAAAAUUAGUCAAACUACUGAAAUCAAAUAUAUUCAAGUAGGCGCUGGUGUUGUGGAAACAAUUAAAACAUUAGGAAAAAAUAAAACUUUACAACAUAUAAAUGCUUUGAUUCAGGUUUUGGAUUCAUAA